CUUCUUCGGUUCUUCUACGAGUUUGCGCGUAAUCUCAAUCUGGUACUCGUACUUAAUCUCUAGCUCUCUUCUGUUUGUCAUCUAUGGAUUCAUGAAGAAGAUCCCGCUGUUCUUGUAAAAGAAAAUGUUUGACAGUGGUUAUAAAUCCCAGUACUUGAAUGGCCAGAGGGAGAAGUUUGUCAGGUUGGAUGGCUUGGACUCAAGAUUAUCGUCACCUUCUGAUACUGGACUGAGGUGUGGAUUUAAUGUUGAGGGAUUAAGUUGUGCAGGCCAUGCAAACAAAAAAAAAUCUACAUCUUUUAAAAGAGGAAUUAGAAAGGGAUCUGAAGGACUUAAGUCAAUUAGUCGUUCACUUGGAUUUGGAGUUUCUCGGGCAGUAUUUCCAGAAGAUCUUAAAGCAUCAGAGAAGAAUAUAUUUGAUCCUCAGGAUAAACUCCUCCAGUUGUGCAAUAAAUUGUUUUUUAUAUCAUGUAUCCUGGCAGUAUCCGUGGACCCUCUAUUUUUCUAUCUCCCAGUUAUUAAGGAUUCAUCAGAGUGUCUUGGUAUAGAUCGAAAGUUAGCAAUUGUAACAACAACAUUGCGGACGAUUAUUGAUGCAUUCUAUCUUGUCCGCAUGGUUCUCCAGUUCCGUACAGCUUAUAUUGCUCCAUCAUCUCGGGUUUUUGGACGAGGUGAACUCGUGAUAAAUCCGGCAAAAAUAGCCAGGCAUUACUUGCUGAGAUAUUUCAUGGUUGAUUUUCUUGCUGUGUUUCCCUUGCCACAGAUUAUUGUCUGGAGAUUUCUUCGGAGCUCAAAUGGGUCAUAUGUAUUGGUUACAAAACAGGCUUUGUUCUUUGUUGUCUUGCUUCAGUACAUCCCUAGAUUUCUUCGAAUCUCCCCAUUAACGUCUGAAAUGAAGAGAACAGCAGGUGUCUUUGCAGAAACAGCUUGGGCUGGUGCUGCAUAUUAUUUGCUACUAUACAUGCUUGCUAGUCAUAUAGUAGGGGCAUUGUGGUACUUGUUUGCUCUAGAACGCAAUGAUACAUGCUGGAGGCAGGUUUGUUCUGGUACUAAGGUUUGCAACACAGAUUUCUUGUACUGUGGCAAUGAUGACAUGCAAGGUUAUGGUUCUUGGGCUAACAUCAGUAGUACUGUUCUUCAAUCAAACUGCACAGCUGACGGUGAUAACCCACCAUUUGAUUUUGGAAUUUACAAGAGUGCUCUGUCAUCGGGUAUCAUUUCAUCAAGGAAGUUUGUCUCUAAGUACUGUUACUGUUUAUGGUGGGGUCUGCAGAAUUUGAGUACAUUAGGACAGGGGCUUCAAACUAGCACCUUUCCUGGAGAGGUUAUAUUCUCCAUAGCACUUGCUGUUGCUGGGCUUAUUCUCUUUGCUCUCCUGAUUGGUAACAUGCAGACAUAUCUGCAGUCUCUUACCAUUCGACUUGAAGAAAUGAGGGUAAAAAGGCGUGACUCAGAACAGUGGAUGCAUCACCGUAUGCUUCCACCAGAUCUUAUUGAGCGAGUGAGACGUUAUGACCAAUAUAAAUGGUUGGAAACACGUGGUGUGGAUGAAGAAAACUUGGUUCAGAGCCUACCAAAGGAUCUGAGGAGAGAUAUAAAGCGGCAUCUCUGUUUGGCUUUGGUUAGGAGGGUUCCUCUGUUUGAGAGUAUGGACGACAGGUUGCUUGAUGCCAUUUGUGAGCGGCUGAAACCAUGCCUGUUUACAGAAAAGACAUACAUAGUUCGUGAGGGAGAUCCAGUUGACGAGAUGCUUUUCAUCAUCCGUGGUCGUCUUGAGAGUGUAACAACAGAUGGCGGGAGGAGUGGCUUUUUUAACACUGGUUGGCUAAAAGAAGGGGAUUUCUGUGGAGAAGAGCUUUUAACCUGGGCGUUGGACCCAAAAUCUGGAGCCAACCUGCCAUCUUCUACUCGAACAGUAAGGGCCUGGACCGAGGUAGAAGGUUUUGCCUUGACCGCUGAGGAGUUAAAAUUUGUGGCUAGUCAAUUCAGGCGUCUUCACAGUAGACAGGUGCAACACACCUUCAGGUUUUACUCACAGCAGUGGAGGACUUGGGCAGCAUGCUUCAUCCAAGCUGCAUGGCGCCGUUAUUCCAAAAAGAAGAGUUUGGAGCUUAGUCGGAAGGAAGAAGAAGAAGAAGCAGAAGGCUCAGAUGGAACCCAUAACAAUGCUGGAGGAGGUUCAUAUAGUAUUCGUGCCACCUUCUUAGCUUCGAGGUUUGCAGCAAAUGCUCUUCGCAAGGUUCAUCGAUAUCGAAUUGCUAAUAGUGCUAGGGAGUUGGUGAAACUACAAAAGCCCCCAGAGCCUGAUUUUACUGCUGAAGCAGAUUGAUUUUGUUGUAUGAAUUGUGAUGAUUACUAGCUUGUAUGAAAUGAAGGUUGUUGUUUCUUCAGCCACGAUUGUAAUGGUUUUCGUUUCAACCGUAACAAGUUUGGAUGUAAAUGUGAUUUGCUUUUCUAUCUUACUAUCCUUACUGGAUAUUUUUCAUAAAUUUGCAUCCUUUUU